UGUCCAUAAUAUGUGUUACAGCACAUAGAAAAUACAGUUGGGAUUUUGAUUCCUUUUAUUUAAUAUGUCCAUUGGUUAAACAUAACUUUGCCUAAUUUUAUUAUUUGUAAUAAUAUUAUUUUAAGUACUUCAGUUAACCCUUCUCCAAAUAUAGAAGCUCAGUACACUGGUAAUUUUAAAUCUGUGUAACCAGUAAUCAUGCAUUAUUUCUAGUGCUGAAAACUUACUUUAAUUUUAAGUGUUAAAGUAGACUUUUAAAGUAAUCUCUAAUUAAUUCCUGUUUUAACAUUGUUGGAUCAUAUUCCUUCCCUGGGUUUGAUAGAGUGGAUUUUAAGCAAUGUUGCUUACCCUGUAUAAGAGGUCUGGGAUUAAAAGUGGGCAUCUGUCAGCAUAUGAAAUAUGCCUCAUUCCUUCUGCCAUUUAGGCAUUCUAUUCUGGCUUGGAGACUGCUUGCAAAACAUUCUUGGAAAUUACUAAUGCUGUUAUCUAUUUUACAAUGAAAUCAAAAAUACCAUUAAAAUGUAAUGCUUUAAUUGCAGUUUAUACUGUAAAUUUAAUGGAAAUUAGUGGAGCUGCUUAAUAAAAAUGAUAUUUUGUUAUAUCUGAAGGUUGAUUUGCAUGAAUCCUUUAGAACUUAGCACACAUUUUUGAAUGAUAAACAUAAGGAAUUGUAUAAAAUCAUAUGUCAACCUAUACCCACUUUGAAAAUUAAUAACUGUGCUAAAAUUAUUAAACUAUAACCUCAAACUGUUGCCAGGCUGCAACUGAAGGCUGUCCCCGUUGCAGUAUUGUGAUUGGCUAUUGUAUGCCCCAAUGAAAGGCAGGCUUCAUGAGAAAAGAGAUGAAGUAUAGUAUGACAAAUGGUCACCUGGUUGUCUACUUAUAUUAAAGAAUUAUCCUCUCCCAAAUACAAAACACUAACCUCACUAACCAUUUGAUGUCCAUUUUCAUGCAAUUCUGAACAUCCUGACCUGUUCAGAGGCACAAUUGUCCAUUAUCAUGGAACCAACACUGAUCGCAGCCAUGCAAGAAGAUAAUAAAAAACAAAACAUUGAAAGGACAUAUAGUAAUGAAACAUUUUGCACGGGUACUAGUGAAGGCUUUCAUUCCAAGUGUAAAAGUGCUGCUAAUCUACUACAAAAGAGAAGACAACUUCAUCCUCUAUUGGGUACUGGAGUAGAUAAUCCAUAUCGUGCAGCCAGUAAUUAUGGAGCUAGAUUUAUGUCUGUCAGUUCUUCAACCAAAACCAACAUGAAUGGGUAUUCGCAAAAGAUCUUGUCUGCCAAGUUAUUACGAGUCAAACAGCUCCAGAAUGAACUGACAGAUGCACAGUUUCAACUGAAUGAGCUGUUCACAGAAAAUCGAUUGCUGAAGACACUACAGAAGAGGCAGGACCGUGCUCUCGACAAGUAUGAGAGUACUAAAGCAGCAUUGCCUCAGCUUAUUCGUUCACAUAAUGAAGAAGUUCGCGUUCUAAGAGCUAAGGUGAAACAAUUGAAAUCAGAGUGCUGUGAAAAAGAUCACCGGAUAAAAGAAUUAGAUGCUGACCUUCAAAAUUUGAGAGAUCAGCAUCAUCGUUUGUUAAAGCUUUCAAGAGACCGUCAUUUAGGAACCCGAGAGAAACUUACUGAACAGAUGGAAGAAUUGAAAGAAAUUAUAAAAGAACAGGAUCUCAGGAUUCAGACACUUCAUCGUAAAGUAAUGCUUGAGACAAAGAAUUUCAAACACCAGUUAAGUUAUGAAAUAACACGACACAAAGAAACUCAAAGACAUUUGAGUGAAGCUUUAGACAAAAUAUCAAAGCUUGAAAUUUUGGUUGAAACAAAGGAGAAAUAUAUUGCAAAUUUUGUGCCUAAGCAAAACUUCAGAAACAAGUAUAGACAAUCUGUAGUACCACUGGUGUCACUCGCUGGACCAGCAAGAUAUCCUGACCUGCAUGCUUCAAUGAAAUCUGAGGCAGAACUAUUUCCACAAUUAGAAGAAGAGUCAAGUGAAGGAACUUGUAUGGCUUCCCAUACUAAUACAACAUAUGGUUCCGCACGUCUAAGUACAGAAGCAGUAAAGAUUAACUCAGGAAACCACAUGCCUUCUGAUGGAUAUAAUACCAGGCGUAUGAAACUUGCAAAUAAGAGACAAUUUGUACUAAAAAGGGAAUUAUAUGAAACUGUUGUAAACAAAACAGAUGACCUAAUGAGCAGCAGUGACCUUACUUCACGUACUCCAUCUUCUAGUGUCCUGACUGAUGACAGACAGUCUGAUUUGACAGAUGAUAAUGUAAGCAAACAACCUUACAGUUUAGGAACAGCUUAUGGCUCAAGAAAACCAUCUCUAAACACUGAGCCUACCGAAAAACUCUCCCUUAGCGUUGAUGACCAUGAUACACGUAAAAGUGAAGAUCUGGAAAAGGAGAAUGAAGAUUUAGUUUCUUCCACCAAAACAAGCCGGAGCGGAUCAUUUCAGGAAAAUGGAAGAAAUGAUUUAUUUACAAACGUGAUUGCUGAUACAAGAGAAGGAAUUGAUGUUGGGAAAGAUUCACUUUUAGUUCUUGAAUUAAAAUGCGUUGAAAAUGGGCUCAAAGAAAUGGUGUCAGAUAAUGAGAGUAGAAAAGGGUCACUACUAAUGGAGAAGUUAAACUAUGCUGAAGAAAAAUCCAUAUCUACAAUAACAAACAGAAGUCCUGGUAGAAAAGGAUCAUUAGAAAGGGAAAAUACAAGUUAUACUGAAGAAUCCAUGCCUGCAGUAAAUAAAAUUUUAAGCAGAAAGGGAUCCAUAAAAACAGAAAAAAUAAAUUUUGUAGAAGAAUCCGCGCCUGCAUUACGAAACAAAAUCAGAAGUAGAACGUCGUCUCCGAGUGAUGAAAUAAAUUUGGACACGGAUAGUGUGAAACAUAUGACAACCUUUAAAAGAGAAAAAUCAUACGUAUCAUCUAAUGAAAAUGGGACUAAAAAUGAUACAUCCUGUGAAUAUGGACUUGCGGAAGCAUCUGGACAUUUGUCAGAAACGUCUCGAGCUCGGAACAAAAUUCAAAAUGAAGUUCUGUCUGAAAGAGAUAUAACAGAUACUAAAUUGAAACAGGUGGUGAAUAAUUCAGAAUCAAAAGCUCCAGAAACCAAAGACCAUGAGAAAAAGAAACUAUUGGCUGCUUUGAAAGCUAUUGAUGAGGGAGAAGACCCUUCUGUAGUCGAUACAGGGGACAAAAGUUCCUCAAUUUUAGAGAAUGCUCUUACUAACUCUACGUCAGAUGCAAGUUCAUCAUUAAACAUUUCUUUACCUUUUAUAGGACAAAUGAGAGUUUUAAAUAAACAGUGGGAAGGCAAAGUAACUUCUGAAGAAAGACGUACUGACGUUGAGAAACCAAAGACUAAAACUGAACUGAUGCAAGAAUUAUUCGGAGGCCACUUCAGGGAUUUAACUGCUGGAAAUAACAACAGUGCUUGACACAUACAAUGGUUACAUCUGAGAACAUUCCAAAUACUACUUUCAAUUAAAUUUCAUCAAGUUAUAUUAUUAAAAAGAUGUUAUGCAAAUAAUUUGGGGGGGGGAGGAGUUUAAGUACAUUUCAUGUUUUAGAAUAUUGACAGAGCACUUUUAUGUAAUGUUAUUUAUAAUGUUAGAUGUCUGUUAUUUAUGUGAAGUUAAGUAUGCUGAAGAUUUUAUUAGCAGGUUAUAUAUCAUAGAAUACUGUAUUACAUUUGCUUUGUUAAACUAUUGUUAAGUAAUAUAACUUUGUUAGGAAUCUUAAUAUCUGCACUUGACGUGUUGUGCCUUAACACAUCCACAGCAAAAUGACAGCUCCCUUCUUUUGUGUUGCUAGUACAAAGUAGCUGGAGUGCUCAAAGUGGCCUUUAAUGAAGCAAUUGAUUUAGAAUUAUGUUCACACAGUAGCAUGCAAAUUUGAAGAAAACACGUAGGCAUUGUGACAAAAUUAAUUUGACUUCGAUUGGAGUAUAUUAUAUCAGUAGUGACAUCCAUAUUAAUCUGAGGGGGCAGACUGAAUAGUAUAUUUAUAACACAUACAUUAAUUUUUUGAAAGUAUUAGCAUUGUGUAUUGAUUUAAAACUACAAAUUAUGGAUUUUUUUUAUUGAGAUUUCAGUAUGUAAAAUAUCAGUUUCAAUUCAUCCAAUAUUUUAAAAAUUUUAUUUCUUGAUGAGUUUAAAUUAGCUGCAAGAUAUUAAUUUGUGUUAUUAACCAAUGUUACAGCAAGUUUUAAAAUAUGAUCAAAAAGUAAGUCUGCUUAAUUUUGUAAAAAAAACAAAGAGGUUCCUGUGUUCCGGUGAUUUUUAAGAGUUUUGAAACAUUUUCAAUGAAAUUUAAUAUCCCAUAUUAUCCUUCAUAAAAGGUGGAAGUUUGUAAUGGAGUUUUAUUUUGAAAUAAAUUACUCCUGCUAUGAAAUACUGAGUGCAUAGCCUUGAAAUAGGAGUGUUAAAGUGUUUGAGCAUACUCUAAAAUGACUACAUAUGACAUGAAGAAGGAAAAAAAAAUGGGUAGAGGUAAAAUUCUUCUUGUGUCUAAGGAUCAUGUUAUGUGUACAUGACGUGUGGAGUUGAAGCUGCGUUAACAGAAAUAAGUAUCCAUAAUUUUUGAAGCUGAAGUGUCAUGGUAUUUGGGUUAACAUGAGGAGCAGUAGUUAAAUUUGUGAAUAGUUUAAACUUCACUACAACAUGAAGAUAUCCGUCUUCUGGGUUAUUGCGCUGUGUAGUCUGGUCGAUGUUAACCAACGUUUCAGAGGUCAUACUGCCUCCGUCGACCAGACUACACAGCGCAAUAACCCAGAAGACGGAUAUCUUCAUACUCACCGCUGUGAGAACCUCAAGUCUUACAUUCACUACAACAUGUAUGCUGUGCUUACUUCAUAAACAGAUUUUAUUAAUGAGUUAGAGAUUUGGAUGAGAUAAGUUGCAUUGCCAAUCACUGUAGAAGCAUACAAUUAAAGACUCAUUUGGGCAUGUUAUGAAGCACCUUCAUAAGAAUUUAACAAAUUAGGUUUCAAAUAGUUCACACAAAUCUGAUGAAACUAGGUCCAUCAUACCCUGCACUGAUGCACUUUUACAAAGUUUGGAUGCUUAUGUUGGAAGUAAAUGGAGACAGACUCAAAUAAAAUAUGAUACUUAUUCACUUGUUUCAUUGUAAAAUAUUGGAGAAUACUGUUUUAUCCAUGUUCAUAUUAGAAGUGUACGUUUUGUGUGAAUCUACGUAUUAAUGAAUAAAUAUGGGAAGAUCAUGAAAAUACUCUCAUUAGGGAUGAAAGUGAUUGAUUGUGUACAAACUAGACAACAGCCAGUGAUGUUAGAGCAGGAUAUGAGGUCACUAGCAUAAUAAGAAAUGUAUAAUGGGAGAAAUUCAGUUCAGGCCUAUUGUUUUGAUAACAAAUAUAGAAAAUGGAUUUAAUGCUA